AUGCAUGUCAGGAAGUCCUUUGAAUUCUGGAACCCUGGAUGGGAAGUGCGAGCCCUUGACGAGCAGUCCCUCCCCGAUGUGCUCGGAGACUACUGCAAACAAUUUACACAUAUUUGCAAGGCAAACAAUCCCCUAGCCUCCAUUGGCAUGUCCUGGAUUCCGCCAGCGGCUGCUGCAGAUGUGCUUCGGCUGUUCUUACUCAUUCGAUAUGGAGGGGUCUGGGCUGAUGCCACGGUGCUUUGUCGACGACCCUUGGAUGACUGGAUCCAUGCUGCGUCGGCUCCAGCUGAUGGCUUCUUUGCUUUCGGGCCCGAGAAAGGUGAUGAGAUCCCCAUCAUGAGCAGCUUCCUGGCCAGCCGAGCUGAGCACCCUUUGCUAGAGGCCUGGCAAGAGAGAGUGCACAACCAUUGGAAGCUGCCGGCUAAAGAUCGGCCCAACCUGGAGUACUUCUGGUUUCAUGUCCUCUUCGGAAAGUUGGUCCAGGAACAUCCAAUGGCAAAAGACUUCUGGCAGCGCACCGCCAAAAUGGCGGCUGAGUACAAGCAGCCGGGCCCGCAUCACUUCAUGCCUUACGAGGAGGUCUUGGUAAAGCCACCGAGUGAGGAGUUCAAAAAGAGAGUCGACAGAGUGGAGGACGAAGAACCUGUCCUCAAGUUGACAAUUCAUGACGUAAAGUAUGACAGGGAAGGACGCGAUGUCCUGCACCUGCGAGACGGCUCCGACUUCUCUGGACGAGCAUCCGAAUCCAGCUUUGAAUAUUUGAUGCAGCAGACUCUGGAAAAGGCAAGAACGCAAAGCCCAGACGCCCCUGAGCGCAGCGUGUGGAAAGCAGAGCCAGGGCCAUGGCGCAAGGAGUACGGCCUUUGCAUCGCCAUGCAGCCAAUGAUGCCUGGGUAG